AUGUCGUUCAUCAUGUCGUCCCAACCUCCUCAAGGCAACCAACCGCUACAACCCGAAGCCAUUAUACCGUCUCCUUCUGCACCACAGGAAUCAGCACUCAACCAUGUAGAGCAGGACGCUUCAGACAACCAGAAGCUAACGGCAGCACAGGAAGUUACAGACAGCCAGGAGCUCACCAGCGACGGCAAGUACUGGCCUUUGCAACUGUACCGUCGAGUAAAAUUUGGACGUAUCGCAGCCGAGACGAACGACAUUCCUGCUUCAAUUGAAGAUGCACUCCUCAGGCUGAAGAACAGACUUCUCGAAUACAACCAACCUGUCUACAUUGCACCGAUGGCCAAGCCUAACCUACAAGCACCAGACAACAGAUUGCUUCCUCUCAUGGAUAUGGUCGAGGGCUUUCUGGCGGACGAUAGCCAAGUAAUGCUGGUGCUGGGUGAUUCAGGGGCCGGAAAAUCGACAUUCAAUCAACACCUGGAGCACGUACUCUGGCAAGGCUAUAAGCCUGGAGGACGUAUCCCACUCUUCAUCAAUUUGCCAGCCCUCGACCGACCGGACAAGGAGAUGGUUGUAGAGCAUUUGAAAUCGGUGAACUUUUCAGAGGAACAAAUCUGGGACCUCAAACAGCACCGCCAGCUCCUGUUGAUCUGCGAUGGCUAUGAUGAGAGCCAGCUCACCUCCAACUUGCACACUACCAACCUCUUCAAUCGACCUGGUCAGUGGAACGUCAAGUUGUUCAUCACCUGCCGCACUCAGUACCUCGGUCCUGACUAUCGCGAUCGCUUUGCGCCUAAGGCGACCAGUCAGUAUCACCGCACUGCAAGCAAUCUCUUUCAAGAAGCCGUCAUCGCCCCCUUCUCCAAGGAACAGAUCGAGCUGUACGUCGAACAGUUCGUCCCACUCAUACCGCGAACUUGGGUCAAGAAGGAUUACAUGGACAAGCUGGCAACCAUCCCCAACCUCAUGGACCUAGUGAGGAACCCCUUUCUGCUGACUCUUGCUCUGGAAGCACUCCCAUCCGUCGUCAAGAACAAUACCACUCUCUCGAAUCUCCGCGUCACCCGUGCUGAGCUCUACGACACAUUUGUUGAUCACUGGCUGAAGGUCAACAAGCGCCGCCUACAGGACCAGACGCUGAAGGACAAACGCCAGGCAUUUGAGGAUCUUCUCGAGGACGGGUUUGUGCAUAAUGGGAUUGUCUUUCAGAAGGAGUUGGCGUGGGCGAUCUUUCAGCAACAGGAGGGCCGACCUGUCGUCGAAUAUUCCAACAUGCGAGACAAGUCGCCGUGGAAAGCCAACUUCUUUGGUCCUAAAAUUGAGAGAUCCCUGCUCAGAGAUGCCAGUUUACUGAGUCGCACUGGCAACCAGUAUCGCUUCAUCCACCGAUCUGUCUUGGAGUAUUUCUUCUCUUGUUUCGUAUGGGAUACCUCGAAGGAUGGUAACGAGUUUGCUCCGCAUGUUUAUUCAGAAGCUACUGGUGUAUCUCUUCCUGUUACCGAUCAUCCACUGUCCAAGAGGAGUCUUGUCCCGGAGCCAUCGGUCAUCCAGUUUCUCGCCGAGCGCGUCCAAAUGCAGCCCAUCUUCAAGAAAUACCUUCUCGCACUCGUUGAGCUUUCCAAAUCGGAUUCUCAGGCUAGCAUGGCCGCAGCCAACGCCAUCACGAUCCUGGUGAGAGCUGGGAGGCACUUCAAUGGAGCUGACCUUCGAGGCAUCCGCAUCCCAGGAGCCAAUCUCACAGGUGGGCAAUUCGACUCGGCGCAGUUGCAGGAUUCCGACCUGGCGGGGGUUAUAUUCACCAAGGCUUGGAUCCGACAGGCGGACUUCACUAGAGCACGGGUGGACGAGACACGGUUUGGGGAGCUGCCGAAUUUGCAGGGAGCUAGUUGGGUACAGUCAUGUGCAUUUUCCUCAGACGGAAGGUUUUUUGCAACGGGUUUGAGAAACGGCAACAUUAGUAUCUACGACACAACCACCUGGACAAGGAUUCGGCUACUUCAUGGCCAUGAAACGACCGUUCUGAGUCUCGCGUAUUCAACAACCGGCCUUCAACUUCUCUCCGGCUGGUCUGAUGGUACGGUGCGACUGUGGGACUGUAAGAGCGACGCGACUGAUCGUGUUCUGAAGGAACAUUCCGAGGAGGUGACAGCUGUUGCGUUUUCACCCUCAGGCAUACAAUUCGCCUCAGCCAGCGCGGACAAGUCAGUGCGCCUAUGGGACACCCAAACAGGAACAGUCGCCUUUGUCAUACAAGAUUUUGGCGAUGUCUCAGGGAUCGCCUAUUCACCAGAUGGGAACAACAUUGCAUCCUGCUUCAUGUAUGGACAAGUCCGAUUAUUCGACACGCGGACGGGCUUACAGGUGCUGAGUUCUGGAACGAGCGGCAAGAAUCGCUGCCUUGCGUAUUCCCCUAACGGACAAUCCGUCGUCUCAGGCGACAUCUUCGGCGAUCUACAACUCUGGGAGGCGACCACCAUGAUGCCGAGGAUCAAAUGGAGAGGACAUUCUGGAAGAGUGACAAGCGUCGAGUUUUCGCCGAACGGGCAAUGGAUUGUGUCUGUCAGUGACGAUAAAACGGUCAAGAUGUGGGAUGGAUAUGCAGCCACACUUGUCUCUAUAUUCACAGGUCACACCAGCUGCAUCACCAGUGUUGCAUUUUCCCCAGACGGCUCACUCAUUGCUUCAGGAAGCAUGGAUCGAACUGUACGGCUCUGGGAGGUGAACUCGGUUGGGUUUGGUCUCGACGUAGAUGGUGCCUUCGACUCCAAGCCAAGUGUAGCCUAUUCUCCUGAUGGACGGUUUCUCAUCUCUGGCAGUCGCGCUGGAGUGGUACAGCAACAUGACGCGGAGAGUGGCGAGAUUGGUCUUGUUAUUCGUCGCCAAGAGUUCCGAGUCAAUUCUGUCGCCUAUUCAUCAGACGGUCGUCAAAUUGCCAUGGGUGGCUCAGGAGGCGAUAUCACAUUGUGGAGCACUCAUACCGGCGCCCUUGAGAAUACUCUUCGAGGCCAUACUAGGGAUGUGAAAGUAGUUGCAUUCUCACCAUGCGGUCAAUGGAUUGCUUCCUGUGAUAAGCUGACGGUACGACUUUGGGAUGCUCGAUCAGGCACGUUUAUACAGGUCAUCUCUGGUGACCGCCUCCAUUUCAUUCGAACUUUGUCGUUUUCGUCCAGCGGUACUGAGAUUGCGUUUAGAGACUACUCUGGAAUGGUGGAAGUCUGGAAUGUGACGACCGGGAAGUCCAGGAUGGAAGAGGGUGGACUUAACUUGUGGUUCUGCUUUGUGAGGUAUUUACCGAGCAGUCUUCAGGUUGUUUCCUGUGAAGGUGGAAAAGGUGCUGAUUUGUGGGAUGAAGAUGGCCGACAUUCCCGUGUCAUUUUGCAGCACAGUGGUAUUACCAUCCAACACUUUGCAUUCUCGAGUUGCGGUCAAUGGAUAGCAAGUGUUGAAGGCAACACGGUUCACCUGUGGAGAAGCCCCCUGGAGGAGAGACCACAGGACUGGAAGUAUGUGCUGGCCGUCGAGGGUUGCUUAGGGGUGAUUGUUGAGAUUGUCUGGAGGCCUGGCAAGUUGGAAUUUGCCACCGCCGAUGUGGGUGGAUCCACUCGUUUGUGGAGGGUUGUAGAGAGGUUCGACAAAGUGGUGGUCCAGCUGGUGUGGGGUUUUGGAGGAGGAGGUAGUCUUGUUGCCUCAGGAUCGCUCCUUGACGAUGCCAUUGGUCUUAACGCGAUCAACCGGAGCCUGCUGGAGCAGCGGCGCUGUUUUCUCCAAGAACCAAUAGUGACGAGUUUCUAUCGCGAUACAGUUUGGAAUGAUAUCCGUGAUGGCUCUUUCCUGUCAAAUAACAGAGUAGCAAAGACAAAAAUAUCAGAGAAAUGA